CAUGGCCAGCAAGAAGAAGCAACUUUUUAAAAUUAUCAUCUUAGGUGAUUCAGGGUAAUUGUGUAUUCUAAAUAACUUUUAGAGUAGGAAAAACAUCUUUAAUGAAUUAAUAUGUUAAUGCAAGGUUCACAUAAUAAUACAGAGCUACAGUUGGAGCAGAUUUUAUGGCAAAAGAAGUUAUGAUUGAUGAUCGUAUGGUUACUCUUUAAGUAUGUUGACUUUUUUUUAUUUUUAUUAGAUUUGGGACACUGCAGGUUAAGAGAGAUUCUAAUCAUUAGGUGGUGCAUUUUAUAGAGGAGCUGAUUGUUGUGUAUUAGUUUAUGACAUCACAAAUCCAAAAUCAUUUGAUUCUUUAGAUUCUUGGAGAGAUGAAUUUUUAAUGUAAGGUUAACCAAAAGAUCCAGAACAUUUUCCUUUUGUUGUAUUAGGAAAUAAAUUAGAUAAAGCUACAGAAAGAAAAGUUUAAGAAUCUAAAGCAUAAUAAUGGUGUAAAUCUCAUGGAAAUAUAUAAUUCUUUGAAGUAUCAGCUAAAGAUGCCACUAAUAUUGAAUAAGCCUUUUAAGAUAUUGCAAAAGCAGCUGCAAGCUAGGAAAAAGAUGAAGAAAUGUAAUCUCAUUAUUUUUUAUCUAUAUUAGAUUUUUCCCUACAACUGUGACAUUAACUAAAUAGGACCCCAAGAAAUAGCAAAAAUAAGGAGGAUGUUGUUGAUU